ACACAACUUGAGUUGGUUCCAGAGUCUUCUAGAUUCUGGUUGUAACUUGAUAAGUGCGUUUUUCUUAACUAAUUUGAGGUUAGGUUCAUUUUAUCUUGUAUCACAACUAGAUUUUCUAUUCAAAUAUUUAAUAUUGAAACCGCUUAUUUGAAAGUAUUUAAUUAAAACUUUUUAAUACAUAUUAUAUUAUAAAAAUCAGAUUUUAUAUUUAAUUGAAACUUUUUUUAACCGGCUUCUCAUAGAUUAAUAAACACGUGUGAUUGUACAUAAUUUCAAAUAGUACAGGAGCCGUGAGUUGAAUACACUAUUGGAGAGUUAUCACAAGGUCAAAAAACUGGCUAAUAAAAUGAGAUUAAUGGCCCCGCCAGACAAUGUGAUAUCUUUAGAAGAGGAACUGAAGAAAACUGAUCGACUGAAAUUGGAGGACAUAGAGGAUCUGAGACGUAGAGUCAAUGAGAUACCAUCCUACCCCAAAAAUGUACCUGACGUUCUAUUCUCCUGGUUCCUUAACUGUAGCAAUUUUGAGAGGGACCUGGCCAUGAAAUACAUGGACAUCAAUUUGAAACUUAGAGAACAGGCUCCUGAGUUAUUUGAAAACAGGGAUCCACUAUCUGCGCCUUUGCAAACUGUAUGGGAUUUAACGGAAUACUACAUACUGCCAGGUCUAACAGCAGAUGGUUACAAGGUGUUCUACGCAGGAGUGCACGACUGCGAACCGACGCUCUACGAUUUCUGCGAUGCUUGCAAAAUGUUCCUAAUGGUGGGGGAAACAGAGUUGGUGCAGCAUGGUCUAUGCAAGGGGAUAGUCGUUGUUAUGGACUGCAAGGGAGCUUCCUUCCGGCAUCUGCUCAAGGUCAAACUGAGGACAGUCAAGAGUUUCCUCAGCUAUGUACAGGAAGGAAUUCCAAUAAAUAUUGCUCAAAUCCAUGUAAUCAACGUUUCACCAAUCGUUGAUAAAAUGAACUACAUUGCAAAACCGUUCAUCAACAAGGAUCUCAUGGAUAAGGUGAAAUUCCAUUCGGGAGAAAUGAAAGAGUUCUAUGAGACUGUGCCAAGGGAGUUGCUACCAAAUGAAAUCGGAGGAACGGCUGGUCCCAGACUAAAUUUCAGGAUUGCAUCAAAGGAAAACCUGGCCAAGUACAGAGAAUGGUUUGACUUUGAGAAAACUCUGCGACUAAACUAUGGAAAGGUCAACAAGAAUGGAAGAAAAGUCGAAGAAAUCGAUGAAUCUCUGCAGGAUUUGUGUAUCGAUUAAUUGAUAUAUCAACUAUCAAUUAAUCGAUUUAUCAACUAUCGAUUAAUCAUAACAUCGACUAUCGAUUAAUUGAUAUAUCAACUAUCAAUUAAUCGAUUUAUCAACUAUCGAUUAAUCAUAACAUCGACUAUCGAUUAAUCAUACCAUUGACUAUCGAUUAAUCAAGAUAUUGACUAUCGAUUAAUAAAAUAUCGCCUAUCGAUUAAUACAUUGACUAUCUGUUGAUUGAUAUAUCGACUAUGAUAUUAUAUUUACUAUCAACUGAUCGAUACAUUGAUUAUUGAUUGUUCGAUAUAUCAACUAUCAAUUAAUUGCAAUAUCAACUAUCGAUUGUAAUAUUAACUAUUGAUCAUCAAUUGUAUUGAUGUAUCAAUUUUGGUCAGAGUAUUUAGUAUUGAUUUGUUAAGUAUAGAUUGUAUCAAGUAUUGAUUUAAGAAUGUAUUAUCUUUUAUCAAUGAACUUUAAUCGUGAUUAAUUUCAAGUAACCUAUCAGAGAAGGCGUUUUCCAAAAUACGGCUUCUCUGAUUGGUUCUCGUGAAAUUAAUCAGGAUUGAAAUUUAACCAGCUUUUGUGCAACCGGCACUCAAGAAUCAAAAACACAAUGUAUUGAGUAUGAAUUAUUUGAUAUAUCUUAUUAAUUGAUGCAUCGACUUGGACAGAUACGAUUAAUCGAUAUGUAUCGA